GGUGGGGCGGUGCGGAUCCCGGCAGGAGUGGGCACGGAGGGGCGCGGGCGGCGGGGUUGUUGCUGCACGGAGGGACGGGACCGGCGAUCUGUCGGUAUGGGCGCAUCCCGGCCGGCUACCGCCCCGGCGCGGAGCGCCCUAAAAUUUGCCGCGGCGCUGAGUCGGGCACAGGGCGUUGGGCGUGUACGGUGUAUCCUGUGAAAUCAAGUCUUGGAAGAAGUCGUAGCAUUAUUAUUUGCACUGCACAGUGUUUGCAGGUCCUGGGUAAGACAUGCUUUGUAGAAGAGUCUUAAAUACAGUGAAAAGUUCUUGGAGAAGCUUAUCCUCUAAGCAGGAAAGAAAGAUGAAGAGUGAUGGAGAAAAAUAUAAUACUAAUGGAAACACCUGUGCCAUUUAAUGUGUCUUUUAAACGUCAUCUCUGUUUCUCAAGUACUCAAGUUUGAAAUAUAUUGGCAUAUUUCAAGGGGAAGAAUUCUAGAGAUUAAAUUGCUGUAUUAGUUGUGGAAUCAAACUUUUCAUCUGCUAAUGUAAAUAAUUUCAGCAAUCACUGAUGACCCUGCUGAAAUUGUAGAUGAAAGCAUAACCUCAGCAGAUACAGUUUUCAGUGUCCUGAGGACUGUGGAGAAGGUAAGACCAGGUAAAAUAAGAUGAAAGAAUGUUCAGCAGCUCAGUUCUUGUGGAGACAGUACAGUCACAACACUUUUUGCAAGACUGGGCAAAAUUUUUACCAUCCUAUUUCAACCGCACCACCUACGAUGGGGAAAGGGAAACUGCACUGGGAUGGUUUUUGAUUGAGGAUUUCAUGUAUAUUGCUGUAACAGCAUACCAAGUAUCCUGUUGCCAUUUGAAGUUAAAUUUCCAAAUACUUUUCUUAUAUGUAGUCUUUUAAGUGUUGUAUUAAGAUUAUGUACACAAAGUUCACAUUGUUUUGAUUGUCCUCAGAGACAUCUUUUCUGUCAAAGUUAUACUCCAUAUCAAAAGUAUAUAUGUAGCGCAUCUGUGGAGUGUAACCCCAAGAUGACUUUCCCACUUUAAAAAGAGUCAGAGGUAUUCCAGGAUUAAAAUAAUCUUUGCCUUUCUUAUUAUACAUAUGUGGAAUGAACAAAGAAAUUUUAGAGGCCACUUCUCCCUUUGCUCCCCACAGUAAAAUGAAACUUUUCAGUUUUUAGUAUCAACUAGAGCAGUACCUGUGGUUACCUUACGAUUCCAUACUGAUCUCACUGUGGCACCUAUAGGAUCUCUGCACCUGUUCCUCACUCCUUGACAAUGGGUCUGCUAUAACUGCGUCUGCCAGUUGAGAUUUUGUCUAACCCCAUAUUUUGACACACCCCAGUGUGUCUCCCCCCCACCCUCUGCUUUGACCACAGGAAUAAGGAAUAUUCUGAUAGCAUCUCCUUAAAGCAUCAGUGCUUCCCAAAACCCUCACAGGUUCAUGUCCUCAUAACAUUUGAGUGCACCUCUACAUUCACUUUUUGUGUCUUCAGAUAAAAUAUACAAUAUUGGGGGUUUUUUUUGUUUAUCUGUUCUUAAGUCAUUUAUUCAUGUUUUAUGGCAGGUUUUCAUGGGGCUGUACAUGAGCCGUUUCUACAUUAACCUCUUUGCAGUUCACUUCAGCUUUGAGAGAUUCAUAAAUUCUGUCAGGAUCUGGUGUAAAACAACUACACAAAAAGAAGCACCUUCAGUACAAAGAUGAAUAUCGGGAAAGCUUAUGGUGCUGCUAACAUCAGUAAUGGAACAGAUCUGGCUAUUGGCUUUACCUGUUCUGCAGUAGCUGUCCUUCUGUUUGGGACAAACUUCGUGCCUGUCAAGAAAUUUGACGCUGGUGAUGGCAUGUUCUUCCAGUGGAUUCUCUGUGCCUCCAUAUGGAUAGUUUCUUUGGUGGUCAAUUUGAUCCAGAAUUGCCCCCGGUUUUGGCCUCUGGCUAUGGUUGGAGGUUUUAUGUGGGCCACAGGCAAUGUUACAGUUGUCCCUAUUGUUAAAACUAUUGGCUUAGCUCUUGGUCUUUUGAUAUGGGCUUCAUUUAAUUUGCUGACAGGUUGGGCAAGUUCAAGGUUUGGUUGGUUUGGAAUUGACCCAGAAGAGGUAUCAAGACCAAUCUUAAAUUAUAUUGGGGCUGGACUUUCACUUAUAAGUGCUGUUAUAUUUCUUUUUAUAAAAACUGAAGUCCAGAGUUCUUCAGCUUCAUUAGAAAGCACACCUUUACUGAGAGAAAGUUCUAUUAAUGUUUCUGAAGAUACCACUGAGGACUCAUGGGUGAGCAAACUUUCUCCAGCAAAAAGGAGACUCAUAGGCUGUGGCCUGGCUGUAGUAGCUGGAAUACUUUACGGUUCCAGUUUUAUACCAGUGCUUUACAUCAAGGACCAUGGAAGAAGAAAUGAAACUGCAUACACAGGAGCGAGUCAAUUUGAUUUAGAUUAUGUUUUUGCACACUUCAGUGGAAUAUUUCUUACAAGUACUGUCUACUUUUUUAUCUACUGUGCUGUCAGGAAAAAUAAACCUUAUGUUUAUCCCCAAGCCAUAUUGCCAGGGUUUGUUUCUGGUGUGCUUUGGGCAAUAGCCAGUUGCUGCUGGUUCCUGACCAAUCACUAUCUCAGUGCUGUCGUGAGCUUUCCGAUAAUUACAGCAGGUCCUGGCCUUGUUGCUGCAAUGUGGGGAGUCCUUGUAUUUAAGGAAAUCAAGGGACUGAAAAACUACGUGCUACUGUCAGUAUCAUUUUGCAUCAUUUUGGCUGGAUCACUUUCCACAGCUUUUUCUAAAGUUUGAAAGGACCUUCUGGACCAGUAGAUGGUGCUAGUGUUUAGCACAAAUAGAACAACAGUGUUGGUAGAUCACAAUGCAUAAUAAUUUUCAUAAUGUAUGUCCAACAUUUACCCUAACUUGCUUCAGCCAAGUGGAAAAGGAAAACAUUAGGCAUGAAAGAAAAUCUGGAAAUAUUUGUUUUGAUUUUUCUUGGUAUAGUAAGAAAAUCAAAGGACUUUAUUAAUCAAAGCUGAAUUAUUUUAUUGUUACUAAUUAUUAGUUUUAUUCAUUCAGGUGCUAAACUUUAUGUCAUCAUAGAUUACAGUUUACUGCUGUGAUGGUGGAUAGUGAUUUUAAUUUUACUCUGUAAUACUGUAUGUUUGCAAGCUGAUUUGUUAUUAAAACAUUCUUACUGACUUAAAUAAAAGAUAUGUCUUAAAAUAUUCCUUAUGAAACUGAUAUGCAUGAAGAUAACAAAGCUAUUUUUUUAUUUAGAAGCA